UCCUAAAGAAUCUUCCCACGACAAUCAAUGUCAAACUUCCCAAGGAAUCGAUUCCCUAACAGAGAGAUUGCUUCACUUGUCCCAAUACGUAGAGUUCCAGCCAAGUCUAACAGGCAAGGAAAGCUAGAACCGCAAAAGAUUUUGUCUGCAGAAAGGCUUCCGAUUAUGACAGAAGGGGUGAAGAAUCUAUUGUGUAAAGCUCAAGGAAACCAGACUCUUAACAAUUUACUCAAGCAUUCUCAUUCACUUCUUCGAUGAGGAAGUUAAAGAAGGAGAUUGUGGCAGAUAAUCACAUUCCUGAUCCUUGUUUAACUUUCUGUUCCGUUGAAGAUGACAGAAUUUCAGCCCUAGUGGUCUACAGUUGCUUCAGGAAGAGCAAGAAAACAGCAGGCGUGACCAAGGAACCUGAAGAAUGAAGAUUAUGCAUAUUGUUCAAGAGGACUCUUGUUUCUUCAUGUGAUUCAUUCUGUGUUGCAGAAAGCAAAAGCUCGAGACGCUUUUGUUGAUUCACUGACUGCAAAGUUGUUCAUCUGUAAAUUCAUCUAAUUCAUUGAUUAUUUUCUCUAGACAAUUCUUUUCUAUAAGCAGUUUGAGUUCUUCUUUUAUUCACUUCAAAUAAUAUCAAAUGGUAGAC